AUGAGUUCAGCGAAUGAGAGUGAGGGACCGAAGCCUCCGUCCCCUAAAAGUCCGAAACUAGAGGAGCCGCCAAGCAGCGAGGAAGAAGAUGAUUCUGAUGAUGAUGAGUGCAGCGAGGAAGAAGUUGAUUCUGAUGAUGAUGAGUGCAGCGAGGAAGAAUUUGAUUCUGAUGAUGAUGAGUGCAGCGAGGAAGAAUUUGAUUCUGAUGAUGAUGAGUGGGAUAAUUUGUCAGAGGACCUUCGACUCUUUGAUGAAGAGUGGGGAGAUGGUUUUGAUGUGGACUUCACGAAACUCCGUCACACAUUCGGUGCCGGAGCUGCGGAUCUCGACAGCAGUACCCUGGUUGCAGAGCCUGACACAAACAGAGCUUUGCUCAACAGAUUGUCCGAGAUGGCUAUCUCCUACUACAAAGAAAACAUGGGCACAAGCUUGGAAUUUGUUCAGGUGUCAAGAGCAAAUUAUCAUCCAUCUGCUGCAGUCACCAUCUACAUGACAUUUGAAGCCAAUGACCCUUCAGAUGGUAACCAGAAAAAAUCGUUCCAGACAGUGACUCGUUACUUGCCCGGAGAUACUGAAGUAUGUUCCUGCAGGCCUAAACCCUGUUGA